AUGUCCAACAACGACUCCUCCGACACCAGCUACGUCAAAAUGUCUACCGCCGACGUUGCCUCCCCCUCUGGCACCAGUGCCGGCACCGACGCCAGUCUGGUCGGCAAGCACUGCCAGCUCGAAUAUUGCAAUCAGCUCGACUUUCUCCCUUUCCUCUGCCAAUCCUGUCACAAGACCUUCUGCCUCGACCAUCGGUCCGAGUCAUCGCACAACUGCGCCUGCGCGGGCGCUUGGGCCGAGCGUCGCCGGCUUGCCCAGCUUGCCCGGCCCUCCGCCGGCGAAGGGAAACGCAUGCGCGAGCUCGUCUCGCAAAAACCCUGCGCCGACGACGCCUGCAAGACCAUCAUCGGCACUUCCUUAGUCCCGGGCGUGCACUGCCCCUCUUGCAACCGGGACUACUGCCUCAAGCACCGGCUGGCUGAAGACCACGACUGUAAAUCCAAGGUUCCAAUCGGGGCGCGAGCAGCUUCCGCUGCGACGGCUGCGGCAAUGCAAGCUAGCGCCAAAAGUGCGCUCGAACGGUUCAAGCUGUGGGGGAAAACGAAGCGCGAGGAGGCGGCAAGAUCGCUACCGAAACCGAAACCGAGCACGGCUGCGCAAAGGGUGAUUGCGGUCAACACGCUGAAGAAGACGGCCAAGGGUGAUGACAAGAUCCCUCCCGAGAAGAGGAUAUAUCUGUAUGUGGAGGCGGAAAGCGAAACGGCCAAGGCGAAGAUCCCCAAGGGCGAGUUCUUUUACAACAAGGAGUGGGUGGUGGGGAGGGUGUUGGAUGCGGCGGCAAGGAGUCUGCAGGUGCAGAAUAUCAACAAUCAGUCGAGUAAGGAGGAGGAUCGGCUAAGGGUGUUUCAUGUGGAGGGCGGGAGGAUGUUGGAGUUCAAUGAGAAGAUCGAGAAGGUGUUGGUGAAUGGGAAUACGAUUGUGCUGUUGAGGGGGGUGGGGCCGCCACCGGAUUUGAUUGAGAUGUGAGGGAGGGUGGCUGGUAAUUGGAGGAUGUGGGAUAGUGGCAGUUGGUUCGCAUCUUCACUUUAUAUAUUCUGAGAGCAUUGGGAUGGGCUUUCAGCGGUUUUGAUAUUUCUCAUGGACACUUCCUGAUACCAAGUGCUGGGACUGGGAAGUUGUUGGAGCAUUUCUUAGAUGACUUCACAUGUAAUGAUAUUUUGUGCAA